CCUGCCUAUGCCUCUGCCUUUGCCUAUGCUUCUGGCUUCCUGGCUUCUCUUGGUUGACCUCGCGUCCACGUCCGGAAAGCCGUACAUUUGCCGAGGGGAGAGUACACAUGGUAGACGAGGGGUUUCUGGCCACAGCCCUAGCCUCGUAGCCCUGUGUUUCGCGAAAAUGGAGGUAUGGCUGGCACGCUGGCUGUUGGAUGGAUGGUGUGGCGUGGUGCAAGGUAGGCUGUUGUUCGAAUGGUGGGUGUAUUGUCUUUGGCAGGCAAAAGGUGGUGACAGCAUCGAGUCUUCCCGUUUGAAACAGCACACCGGGCUUUCUCGUGCCACGCCGCUGAUCAGAUCACCAGAGGCUGUCGAGUCUCUGUUUGAUAUCCCGGAGGCGAAAGUGAGAAGCGGACAGACUUCAACAAACGUCAAGAUCGAGACCGUGGACGAACCACGGCAAGAGGAAGGGGUUCAUUCGUUCCCCCCGAAGUUGAUGCAUCUUCCAUACUAGCGGGCUCCCUCCUCAGACUACCUUCCAUGCUACAACCUAGUACCAGGCUAUAUCGCCACGCGGAGGGGAAGCCAAAAACAAUGAGUAAGAAAGGAAACGCCGGACUCUCGAACAUCCUCCACCAAGCCCAUGAUCGUCAAAAGAUCCACCCGGCAGAACAAGACACACACCUUGAAAAGCGAACCCAGGGAACCGAACGGCAGUGCAGUCAGUCAGUCGAGGUAGAAAACAUCAGACGAGCCGGGGGGGCCACCCUCUGUCAAGACUCAAGAAUGCCACAGACAAGUUGAGAUAGCGUUGUGGUCAGCGCUUAGG